UUACAGUCUCUGUCAGUUAUAGGAAAUGAUUUAAAUAUGUUUUAGCUGAUAUUGAAUUUACUGCAUUCUUUGAAAAGCCUUGGCUAGGUUUAUAAGCUCAUUGUGCAGAGUGGUAGUUCAGGAGGAGAACCUCAAAUCUGCUGCGAAUGGGAGGAAGUCACUGCACAAAAGGAAGUGGCCUGAUCACCUCCCACUCUCCACCGUCUUGCUGUCUGCCACAUGCACUGUUAACAAGUCACUGCACUCCUGUGCUUCAGAGACCAGGCCAGUGUAUAAUCUAUACUGUUUUUAUCAUUCAUCAUGUUGAAUGUCCAGUGAAGUGCUUAAUAUGCUAUGAAUCAUUAUAUAACCCGUAGACACAAUGUUGUAGCCUUGUGUUUUGGUGGUGUGGUAACUGGGGUUCUGUUUUAGUAACAGACUGCUACUAUUACGUCCUCGAGCAAUGGCGUGUAACCUGUAAAUACCCCAGGGUGUAGAGUGACCUGGAGUGAGUCACGACUCUGUUCCUGCCUUUUAACUCAAUUGGGAAAAGAAAGUAUACAGACUCACUCAACUGUAGCUGUAUGAAGAACAGUGAGCCACAUGCACUCAUAUAAAUGCUACAAAGACAAGUCACAAAACAUUCUUCCAAACUAGGAAUGAUACAAGUGAUGACCCUUGACUGAUGACUCAAUUUCCUCAAACUGAAAUCUUGCUGAAUGUGACGACCGCAUGGAAGCUAAUACGACUGUAAACAGCACAAGGCCACUGCUGGCUCAAGUCUUUAAAACCUAGCUAUUGCUUUGGAGCUGGGAUCUACGUUAUAUGUCUAUUUGAACCUGUUCGGAUCUGAAGCAGAGCUUCUUUUGUGGACAGCACAGUAGUUGAUGUGAGUUGCAGUACAGGACUGCGACCUUGGCCAAGUGCCUGGGUGGCUCUUCCUCCCCUCACCUUCCUCUGCUCAUCUGCUGGUACCUGUCAUGGGGAACCUCCUAAAAGUUUUGACGUGUACAGACCUUGAUGAAGAGCCCAACUUCUUCCUCGAUUUUGAAAAUGCACAGCCCACAGAUGCAGAGCGAGAGACAUGGAAACAAGUGGAUGUGGUCCUGAAGGAUGCCCGAGCAGUUCUGGAUGAACUUCAGGCCUAUAAUGGAGCUGGGAAAGAGAUAAGAGAGGCAAUCCAGAACCCCAAUGAUGAGGCGUUGCAGGACCAGGCUUGGGCUGCUGUCGUGCCCCUUGUGGGCAAGCUCAAAAAGUUCUAUGAGUUUUCCCUGAGAUUAGAAGCAGCACUGCACAGCCUGUUAAGAGCCCUGACCAACGAGACGUAUAGUGACGCCACACAGCACCUGGAGCGCGAACAGGCCCUUGCCAAGCAGUUCGCUGAGAUCCUGCAUUUCACACUCCGCUUUGACGAGUUGAAGAUGACAAAUCCAGCCAUCCAGAAUGACUUCAGUUACUACAGGAGGACUCUGAAUCGCAUGAGGAUUAAUAAUGUCCCAGCAGAAGGAGAAAACGAGGUCAACAACGAGCUAGCCAAUAGAAUAUCUCUAUUUUAUGCAGAUGCCACACCCAUGCUGAAGACUUUGAGUGAUGGCACGACAAAGUUUGUAUCUGAGAACAAGAACUUGCCUAUUGAGAACACGACAGAUGUGUUGAGCACCAUGGCAAGUGUGUGUAAAGUCAUGCUGGAGACGCCCGAGUACCGUAGCCGUUUCAGCAGCGAGGCCACUGUGUCAUUCUGUUUGCGCGUUAUGGUGGGCGUCAUCAUCCUCUAUGACUACGUACAUCCUGUUGGUGCUUUCGCCAAGUCCUCCAAAAUAGACAUGAAAGGGUGCAUUAAAGUUCUCAGAGAUCAGCCUCCAAACAGUGUGGAAGGCUUAUUAAAUGCUCUCAGGUACACGACAAAGCAUCUGAAUGACGAAUCUACUGCUAAGACCAUUAAAAGCAUGCUGCAGUAAGCAGCAGCUCGGGGAUACACACCACUGGCCUCACACAAGUGUUCAGGGGACACACUCCAUCCCCAACAACAUCGAUGCACAGAAUGUUUCCCCCCCUUCUUUUUUUCCUAAAGUCAAAAUCAGACAUACCAGUAGGACUCUUAACUCUUUUUUAAAAGUGCAUGCUAUUGGCAUUUGGUGUUUCUUUUUGUGCCAAAUCACUUUUUGCUGAAAUCUUGGUUUUAACACAUCCAGUACAGCCAUGCUAUUGAUGGCAGCUACAUUAUGGAAAACAAACAAACAAACAAAUAAAUAAAUAAAAAAUAUUUUUGUGAUUAAUAGGUUAAUAUUGCUUGUUUCCCUAUCAAAGGGAGGGGGAGUGUUUUUGACUUGAAAAAAAAAUAUACAGUAUAUUGACAGAGAAAUAUAAAUAUAUAUUUUAUUUUGUUUGAAUGAAUAUUUAAUAUCAUGUCCUCUGCAUGGCAUAAUGUUGUAUUUAAGGAAGAAAAACAACAACAACAACAACUAGUGUUUCAAAAUUGUCUGACUGCUUGGUUGUGUGCAAGUUCCAAAAAGUGAAUUUAAAUUAUGUUUUGAUAUUGAAAUGGUACUAGUCAAAACUGUUUUCAAAUGCUAGUAAUGUUUAAAUUUUAUAUUUUUUAUAGGUUUUGAUUUGUUUUUGUUUUUUUUCAUAGCUGUUUGUUUUUUGUUUUUCUGCUUUGAAAAUUAGCUUCAAUAUUUCUGGUGAAUUAAAAUCAGUUUUGAUGUAUGAUGACAUGAAAUGUGAUGUUUAAAAAAAAAAAAAAAAAACAAUUAAAAGAUGCUUUCAUUUUUGUAACUA